AGGACGUAACCCAGCUGCCAGUCAGGCCUUUAUAAACUUUGUGUACCUCAUCCUAGGACAGUUGUCUUCUCCUUCGCCGCGUCUUCGAAAAAAACACAGAAGCCACAAUGCUGCCUUUAGCCUUGUUGGUCGUGUGCCUGAGUGCAGCCAUGUCAGCCCCCAGUCUGGACCCACAGCUAGAUGAACACUGGGACCAGUGGAAGAGCUGGCACUCAAAGAACUACCACGAGAAGGAGGAGGGCUGGAGAAGGAUGGUGUGGGAGAAAAACCUGAAGAAGAUUGAGCUGCACAACCUGGAUCACUCUAUGGGCAUUCACUCAUACCGCCUGGGCAUGAACCACUUUGGAGACAUGACUCACGAGGAGUUCAGGCAGAUCAUGAAUGGCUACAGGCGCAAACCAGAGAGAAAAGUCAGAGGUUCUCUGUUCAUGGAACCGAACUUCCUGGAGGCCCCACGUGCCAUUGACUGGAGAGACAAGGGCUUCGUCACUCCCGUUAAGGACCAGGGUCAGUGCGGCUCCUGCUGGGCCUUCAGCACCACUGGAGCCCUGGAGGGUCAGAACUUCAGGAAGACUGGCAAACUUGUUUCUCUGAGUGAGCAGAACCUGGUGGACUGCUCCCGACCAGAGGGCAACGAGGGCUGCAACGGCGGUCUGAUGGACCAGGCCUUCCAGUAUGUCCAGGACAACCAGGGCCUGGACUCUGAGGACUUCUACCCUUACCUGGGAACUGAUGACCAGCCGUGUCACUACGACCCCAAAUACAACUCUGCCAACGACACCGGAUUCGUAGACAUCCCGAGUGGUAAGGAACGUGCCUUGAUGAAGGCCGUGGCUGCUGUGGGACCCGUUUCUGUAGCCAUUGAUGCCGGUCAUGAGUCCUUCCAGUUUUACCAGUCAGGAAUCUAUUAUGAGAAGGAGUGCAGCAGUGAGGAGUUGGACCACGGUGUGCUGGUGGUGGGUUAUGGCUUUGAGGGAGAAGAUGUGGACGGCAAGAAAUACUGGAUUGUGAAGAACAGCUGGAGUGACAAGUGGGGAGACAAAGGCUACAUCUUGAUGGCUAAGGACAGAAAGAACCACUGUGGCAUCGCAACAGCAGCCAGUUAUCCUCUGGUCUAACAUUUGCACUGCACCACUCUGUAGCACCAUAGCGUUUUUUAAUUGCAACUGUUUGAAGGCUGGAGGACGAUGCUUCGGUCAAAACGGCGAGCAUCGACAGUAUGAUCAGAGACCUGUCAAAGGAGAGAAACACUGUUGUUUUUAGGGAAAUGGCGCCAUUUUAUUUUGGCUUGUUUCAUGCCACUUUAUUUUGUCUGAGAAGAUUCUAGCUGAGUUGUUUUAUUCUUUGUAAAUAUGUGUAUGCUUCUUGGUAAGUGAAAUGUUUAAACUUGCUUGGGUCAUUGUAAAUGUUUUUUUUCUACUUUUACUGUGAUCAAUUAAAGUUGUGAGACACUA